AUGAUUCGGAGAUACGUUGGUAAAAAGUUCCUCAAAAUGAACACCGGAUCAGUGAUGGAGGGAGUAUUUGCUGUGAACAAACCCAGCGGCAUAUCUUCUGCCCAAGUAUUGCGGGACCUUCAGGAGCAUUUCAACCCUUCGGAUCUGUUUGCACCCUGGCUUAUCCAAGAAAAAGACAAACGGGAACGAGAAUCACACAACCAGCGAAGGCGCCGCCGCGAACAGAAAAUCCAAGUUAAAAUUGGCCAUGGUGGAACAUUAGAUCCCCUUGCAACAGGAGUGCUCAUAACAGGGGUCGGGCGCGGGACAAAGUCGCUUCAGGACUUUUUGACUUGUACAAAGGUUUAUGAGACAGUGGUAUUAUUCGGUACAAGUACGGACACUUAUGAUCGAGUCGGUAAGGUCCUCACAAGGGCCCCGUACGAACACAUUACAAAGGACUUGGUUGAGAAGGCGCUCGAGAAAUUUCGUGGAAAGUUGAUGCAGUUACCACCCCUCUUUUCUGCUUUGAAGAUGAAUGGGAAACCUCUAUAUGAGUAUGCUAGAGAAGGAAAAAAAAUUCCCAGAGAGAUCGAAAGGAGGCCCACCGAAGUCCUAGAAUUGGAAUUGCUAGAAUGGAUGGAGGGAGGGACUCAUUCUCAUGUGGCUCCAACAGACGAAGCAGGAUACGCUGAAAUAAAUAUCGCAAAUCAAUUUUGGAAGAAAGAAGAUGCGCUUCCAAAGGUAACCCCAACGGAGACCAUCCAAUCUUCUGAGGAUGUAGAUACUAAAGACAGACAUAAUAAAGUUUCAUCUUCCCCUGAUAUAGAAAAGUCUAAAGAAGACUUGGAGUCAGCAGAGUAUAAAAUAUUUGAUCCAUUAGUUCCAGAAGCUAGUGUAGAGUUUCAAACCUUCGAUACUCAAUCCUUAGAGCAUCAAAAACGCAAAUUUGGUGAGUUCCAAGAUGAGCUUGUAAAGGAUAAUCCAUCGUCUAAGAAGCAACAAAAUCCGCAAUUAUCCAACGCUCCAAGCCCUGUGAUGUCUGGCGCUCUCUCUUCGGAAUCCCUAAUUGAGGCUGUAUCCGACCAAAUCAAUAACAUAAUCCAUGAUAAAGAUUAUUCUACAUCUCCUCCAGCUGCACGAAUUCGCAUGACAGUGACCUCUGGCUUCUAUGUACGCUCUUUCUGCCAUGAUUUAGGUACUAGUGUUGGUAGUGUUGCAAUUAUGGCUGAGUUGGAGAGAACUCGCCAAGGCGAAUACGAAGUUGGUAAGAACGUACUCGAGUAUUCGGACCUUGAGCAAGGAGAAAAGUGCUGGGGCCCGAAAGUGAGAAGAUGGUUAGAAGAUUGGUCUAAAAAUCACUCUAAUGUUUCAAGUAUCCAGACAACAACAGCAAAGAAGGAAAGUUCAGAAUGCAUUCCUGACUCAAUAGAAAAUAUCAAGAUGAGCAAAUAG